CCGGUGCAGACUCCCGCAGUAAAGGAGCGUGCUAGCACGCUGACUGACUUACCCCUUGCUCCAGGAGAGCCCGCAGUGUUAUGAUCAUCGUGCCGGCUGCAGCACCCCGACCGCCCGCCCGAGCCGCUUCGUCCUUCCCUGGGCACCGAGUGGCGCACACCUCCGGCAGGAAGGAGCCGUCAGACGGAUUAGUUGAAUCGGCGUGGCUGAUCUCUCGCCUCCGGCUAUUGGACGUUCCUGAGUUGUCGCUGUCAAGCCGCGGGGAUGAUCCAAUUAUGUGUUUAGCGGCGAGGCGCUAAGAAUAGAGCAAAUUACAGCAAAGAGGUGGGCGAAAAAAAAAAAAAAAAAAAAGUUUCUCAAAUGAACCAUGCCAACCUGCAGAUCCACGCCGAAGACGAGGUGCUCUUCCCGGGGAGACGUCGAAGCAGCGAUGCGCUGAUUGGGAGGAUGACUUUGGGUCCUUGGUGGGAGCACUGAAGACGGAGCACAACGACGGACGGGAUUGGGUUACAUAUGUGACCAGGUGCAUGCUGGGAAUGUGUGCAGGAUGAGCAGCACAUUCGUCACAUUAGCAGAAGUACUGGAGGCCCGAGGGGGGCCUCUGCUGGAGGAGGAGGUCUGGUCCCUGCUGCUGGCUACUGCAGAGUGUUUAGUGGAUGCCUCCGAUAAAAGUCCUAACAAUAUGUGCAAUAUCAUCAGCCCCUCCUCCUUGCUGCUAUCAGCUACCGGUACCUUGGCGUUUAAGAACUGUGGCCUAUCAGAGGAGGCGUCGACCUUCACCGCUCCAGAGAUGCUGCAGGGCCGCGCCAGCUCCACCAAACCUGCCGUAGAGAGGAUGCUGGUGUAUUCACUGGGAAUGACUCUCUACUGGUCAGUUGAUUUUCACCUACCUCAAAAUCAGCCGGUGCAGUUGAGCGACCACCUAAACGGCCUCCUCCUCAGCAUGUGCGAGGACGUGUCCCACCGCAGGCUCAAUCUCACCUCCAUCCUGGAAGCCUGCGAGUCCCAGCAGAAAGCCUCCAACCUGCCGCCCUCCGCCGACGUCAUCAGGCAGCUUGUGGAGGAGGUCUUCAGUGACUCUAUGGACCAUGGCUCUGACAGCGGCGUGCCACUGAGUGGGCGGAGCCAGAUGAUCAGAGAAAGGCUUCAUGGAAGAAGAGGACCAUUAGCAGACUUCACUGACGCGUGUUCUGAAAGGAGAAGAUACUCCACAGACUCUGACUCCAAGUCGGGGAGUUUACCUCAGAGAUCUUGGAAGCACAGACCAAGGAGCUCACCGACACUUCUGUACCAGUCGUCUUUGGAGAGGCAUGUAUCGCAGCACAUUAUCUACCCUUUUUGCUGUCUGUUUAUGUUCACCUUACAUAACACCUCACCUUGCCCCGUUACCUCCAGGCACCCCCGAGGGGCUCGUCGCAGGGACAGCACCUGCAGUUGGGUGGGCCGAAGCCCCCACCACGACGUGUCUCCGAAGGCGUCGGGCAGGUCUCACAGUCCUUCCAUCACUUUCAGUGAGUCCUCCAUCAGCCUGAGCCAGAGGAAAGCCAAGGCUUUGGGUCCAGAGUUUAUCCGAAUGGCUGACGAACAGCAAAUUGUUCUGGAGCUUCCAGGGUCUAUUGUGUCCAGAAAGGGCCGGCUGUGUUCAUCUCAGAGAGAAGUGACGGUGGUGCUGCCGAGUGGGCAGUACGUGGUGGUCCGCUGUGACGUCAAGUCUCAAGCGAGAGACGUGUUUGACAUGGUGGUGGCUCACGCUAAUCUAGUCGAGCACUUCUACUUCGGUCUUGCCUUCCUGGAUGAUGAUGAAUAUUUUUUCCUGGACCACGAAACCAAGAUCUCCAAAGUGGCUCCCGACAGUUGGAAAAAAGGGCAGAUACUUUCCUUUUUGGUGUUUCUACGGGUCAAGUUUUUUGUUGACGAUAACGCCUUCAUUUUGCACAGACUGACGCGCCACCAGUACUACCUGCAGUUGCGUAAAGACAUCCUGGAGGACCGCAUUUACUGCAACGAGGAGACGGGCUUGUUUCUGGCCGCUCUCGCUUUGCAGGCUGAAUUUGGGGACUACAUGCCGGAGUUGUACGGGAAGAGUUAUUACCAGCCAGAGCAUUACGUGUCCAAGAGGAUGCUGGAGAGGCUGGCUUUGCCCAAUGUGAAGGAGGAGUUGCCGAGACUACAUGCAAGUCAUGCUCCGAUGGGACCUGAAGAGGCGGAAACAGAAUAUCUGAAGAUUGCCCAACAACUGCCAGAGUACGGAGUUAUGUUCCACCGUGUGGGCAGAGAAAAAAGGCCUGUGAUCGGAGAAUUGGUUCUGGGGAUCUGUGCCAAAGGAAUGAUUGUGUACGAGAUGAAGAACCAGCUCCGGACUGUCACUCGACGCUUCCUCUGGAGAGAAACCGACUCGAUUUCCACUGGGCGACGUAAACUAAUCAUCGAAUGUGGUGGACCAAGUGGUAAAAAGCACAGUUUUACAACGGAGAGCUCAAAAAUAGCACAAUACCUCCUCAACCUCUGCUCCGCACAGCACAAAUUCCACAGCGAGAUGACGUCACGACAACAGAACCAUAGUAUGAUGCCAGAUGAAAGCUUGUCGGUCUACCCGGGUUGUAACAUGAACCUGAAGCGGAUAUCGUGCUCGGAGGGCAUGUUGAACCAUGUUGGUUUAGCACCGGGUCAACCCGAGUCGCUUUCCAAAUCCUGCGAGGAUCUGACCGCCAAGUUGGAGGCUCGACUACGGCAGCAGAGGGAGAUGAGGCGGGAGAUGAGCAGGGAGAUGAACAAGGAAGGGACGGGAGAACUCAGGGAUCUGAAAGAGCGUCCCUACUGGAGCACGCCCGAGUCCAUUCCCAGGAUGAUGUCCAGCGUUUCGCUGCAGAAACAAGACUGGGAUGCUUCUUCUUCCAUACGAGUCGACACACCAACAAGGUCUUCCCCAGAGAGGGAAAUCAUCUGUGUAACCCUCAAGAAGGAUCCCAAACUUGGCUUUGGCUUUGUGAUCGUAGGUGAGGACAAUACAGGUAAACUCGACCUUGGGAUCUUCAUUGCCUCCAUUGUGCCCGACGGACCUGCGGACAAAGAUGGACGGAUCAAAGCCGGCGGACGUCUAAUCUCCCUAAAUAAGACCAGUUUGGAAGGGGUAACAUUCAGCGAUGCUGCUGUCAUCUUGCAGAGUAGUCCUGAGGAAGUGGAGCUGAUCGUGUCUCAGCCAAAACAGUGUCUAAAAGACAGUAAGAACUCCCUGUGCCAAAGCACCCUGGGGUUGGCCUUGGAGAGGAGCUUUGGCUCUCAGACCACACUAAGCGGCACCGAGUUCCGCCACGCCAUGGAUGAACUGGAGGAGGCCAUCAGCAUGGCUACCCCCAAACGGAAUCGGAAACUUCACAUUCCAGUGGUGCGAAUACACGACGCGCAGGACAUUUGCUCCAGAUCUCCUUCAGUCCUAAGUCUAAAAGCUGGGGAGAAGUUUGUAGUGGAGCUAAAGAAGAGCAGCGGGAGUCUCGGCAUCAGUGUUGCAGGAGGAAUAAACACAAACAUGAAAUAUGGAGGCAUCUACAUCAAAACUCUGGUCUCUGGCGGUGCUGCAGACCAAGAUGGACGCAUUCAAAUUGGGGACAGACUGCUGGAGGUUGACGGCUCCAACCUGAGGGCCGUGACUCACCAACAAGCUGUGGAGUGCCUGAAGCGGACUGAGGAGGUGGUGAACCUGCUGUUGGAAAGAGAACCGACAGUCAUCUUGGAGCCCAGGACCGACAACCCCUUCCCCACCUCCAUUCACAGUGCAUCACACGCACAGCCCCCCAGGACUGAGGUCUCCUUGGAAACAACCUUGAGUGGCCCAGCCAAGGACUACAGCUUUGUGACUGAUGAGUCAUCAAAAACUGAUGCUGCUUUGUUACCCCCGAGACCCUUCACUGUCCAACCGGUGCAGUUGAGCGACCAUCUAAACGGCCUCCUCCUCAGCAUGUGCGAGGACGUGUCCCACCGCAGGCUCAAUCUCACCUCCAUCCUGGAAGCCUGCGAGUCCCAGCAGAAAGCCUCCAACCUGCCGCCCUCCGCCGACGUCAUCAGGCAGCUUGUGGAGGAGGUCUUCAGUGACUCUAUGGACCAUGGCUCUGACAGCGGCGUGCCACUGAGUGGGCGGAGCCAGAUGAUCAGAGAAAGGCUUCAUGGAAGAAGAGGACCAUUAGCAGACUUCACUGACGCGUGUUCUGAAAGGAGAAGAUACUCCACAGACUCUGACUCCAAGUCGGGGAGUUUACCUCAGAGAUCUUGGAAGCACAGACCAAGGAGCUCACCGACACUUCUGUACCAGUCGUCUUUGGAGAGGCUCCCCCGAGGGGCUCGUCGGAGGGACAGCACCUGCAGUUGGGUGGGCCGAAGCCCCCACCACGACGUGUCUCCGAAGGCGUCGGGCAGGUCUCACAGUCCUUCCAUCACUUUCAGUGAGUCCUCCAUCAGCCUGAGCCAGAGGAAAGCCAAGGCUUUGGGUCCAGAGUUUAUCCGAAUGGCUGACGAACAGCAAAUUGUUCUGGAGCUUCCAGGGUCUAUUGUGUCCAGAAAGGGCCGGCUGUGUUCGUCUCAGAGAGAAGUGACGGUGGUGCUGCCGAGUGGGCAGUACGUGGUGGUCCGCUGUGACGUCAAGUCUCAAGCGAGAGACGUGUUUGACAUGGUGGUGGCUCACGCUAAUCUAGUCGAGCACUUCUACUUCGGUCUUGCCUUCCUGGAUGAUGAUGAAUAUUUUUUCCUGGACCACGAAACCAAGAUCUCCAAAGUGGCUCCCGACAGUUGGAAAAAAGGGCAGAUACUUUCCUUUUUGGUGUUUCUACGGGUCAAGUUUUUUGUUGACGAUAACGCCUUCAUUUUGCACAGACUGACGCGCCACCAGUACUACCUGCAGUUGCGUAAAGACAUCCUGGAGGACCGCAUUUACUGCAACGAGGAGACUGGCUUGUUUCUGGCCGCUCUCGCUUUGCAGGCUGAAUUUGGGGACUACAUGCCGGAGUUGUACGGGAAGAGUUAUUACCAGCCAGAGCAUUACGUGUCCAAGAGGAUGCUGGAGAGGCUGGCUUUGCCCAAUGUGAAGGAGGAGUUGCCGAGACUACAUGCAAGUCAUGCUCCGAUGGGACCUGAAGAGGCGGAAACAGAAUAUCUGAAGAUUGCCCAACAACUGCCAGAGUACGGAGUUAUGUUCCACCGUGUGGGCAGAGAAAAAAGGCCUGUGAUCGGAGAAUUGGUUUUGGGGAUCUGUGCCAAAGGAAUGAUUGUGUACGAGAUGAAGAACCAGCUCCGGACUGUCACUCGACGCUUCCUCUGGAGAGAAACCGACUCGAUUUCCACUGGGCGACGUAAACUAAUCAUCGAAUGUGGUGGACCAAGUGGUAAAAAGCACAGUUUUACAACGGAGAGCUCAAAAAUAGCACAAUACCUCCUCAACCUCUGCUCCGCCCAGCACAAAUUCCACAGCGAGAUGACGUCACGACAACAGAACCAUAGUAUGAUGCCAGAUGAAAGCUUGUCGGUCUACCCGGGUUGUAACAUGAACCUGAAGCGGAUAUCGUGCUCGGAGGGCAUGUUGAACCAUGUUGGUUUAGCACCGGGUCAACCCGAGUCGCUUUCCAAAUCCUGCGAGGAUCUGACCGCCAAGUUGGAGGCUCGACUACGGCAGCAGAGGGAGAUGAGGCGGGAGAUGAGCAGGGAGAUGAACAAGGAAGGGACGGGAGAACUCAGGGAUCUGAAAGAGCGUCCCUACUGGAGCACGCCCGAGUCCAUUCCCAGGAUGAUGUCCAGCGUUUCGCUGCAGAAACAAGACUGGGAUGCUUCUUCUUCCAUACGAGUCGACACACCAACAAGGUCUUCCCCAGAGAGGGAAAUCAUCUGUGUAACCCUCAAGAAGGAUCCCAAACUUGGCUUUGGCUUUGUGAUCGUAGGUGAGGACAAUACAGGUAAACUCGACCUUGGGAUCUUCAUUGCCUCCAUUGUGCCCGAUGGACCUGCGGACAAAGAUGGACGGAUCAAAGCCGGCGGACGUCUAAUCUCCCUAAAUAAGACCAGUUUGGAAGGGGUAACAUUCAGCGAUGCUGCUGUCAUCUUGCAGAGUAGUCCUGAGGAGGUGGAGCUGAUCGUGUCUCAGCCAAAACAGUGUCUAAAAGACAGUAAGAACUCCCUGUGCCAAAGCACCCUGGGGUUGGCCUUGGAGAGGAGCUUUGGCUCUCAGACCACACUAAGCGGCACCGAGUUCCGCCACGCCAUGGAUGAACUGGAGGAGGCCAUCAGCAUGGCUACCCCCAAACGGAAUCGGAAACUUCACAUUCCGGUGGUGCGAAUACACGACGCGCAGGACAUUUGCUCCAGAUCUCCUUCAGUCCUAAGUCUAAAAGCUGGGGAGAAGUUUGUAGUGGAGCUAAAGAAGAGCAGCGGGAGUCUCGGCAUCAGUGUUGCAGGAGGAAUAAACACAAACAUGAAAUAUGGAGGCAUCUACAUCAAAACUCUGGUCUCUGGCGGUGCUGCAGACCAAGAUGGACGCAUUCAAAUUGGGGACAGACUGCUGGAGGUUGACGGCUCCAACCUGAGGGCCGUGACUCACCAACAAGCUGUGGAGUGCCUGAAGCGGACUGAGGAGGUGGUGAACCUGCUGCUGGAAAGAGAACCGACAGUCAUCUUGGAGCCCAGGACCGACAACCCCUUCCCCACCUCCAUUCACAGUGCAUCACACGCACAGCCCCCCAGGACUGAGGUCUCCUUGGAAACAACCUUGAGUGGCCCAGCCAAGGACUACAGCUUUGUGACUGAUGAAAACACGCAUGAAGUGAUACUGAAGAAAAGUUUGUCGGGGCUAGGCUUUAGUUUCAACAUUUCCCAGCUGCACUCAGGUCCAGACAGGGGCAGCGUGGUUCGCAUCAAGCGCCUGUUCCCGGGUCAGCCAGCUCUGGAAAGUGGUCUUUUACGAGAAGGGGACGUUAUCCUAUCCGUCAACAAGGAGCCUGUCAAGGAUCUUUCCUACCAGAGAGUUUUGUUCCUGCUUCGUGGCGCCCCUUCUGAGGUCCACCUCUUGAUCUGUCGACCCAAUCCAGGAGUGUUUUACGACGCUGAUGACAACACUUUGAGUCCUGCACCCACCAGGGAGGCUCGAUCCCGCUCUCUGGACAUCCGACUAGGAGACGACUACAGCCAACUUCUUAAGUUUCAAUUCGACCUCAACAUACCUGCUCAGAGGCCGGCCACUGCCCUCCAAGAAGUGCUGCCCGAAACUUCAGAGAAAAGUCAAGAACCUCCUGAAGCUCCACGGUUUUCCGAGGACCAACAGAGGGAAGUCCAAGGCCAACAGACUCCUCCAUUGUCACCUCCCGUACCCACUUCUCCAACGACGCCAGUCUCACCCGCCUCGCCUAGUUCACCAAUCUUGCCUCAAGUUUGCUUCCGACCAGCUCAACAAUUGAGGCCAACUUCCAAGACACCAGGAGGACAAGAGGAGGUGGAGACGAAGAAGGCAAGCGAGGAUGUGGAGGUGGUUGUUGCAGCAAGCUCAGCUGCCAUUUUAAAUGACAUCUCUCCCAAGACUGCUUCAAACUCUAAGUAUGCCAGUGCCGUUCGAGAAGAGGCGGACGGAAGUGUGACUUAUUGCCUGGUGGGAAAUGGACUGACUAUCAUGGCAGAUGAGGAAUAUUUGACCAUUACGUCCACUUUGGAACCUCAACAAGGUUUUCAGUCCAAUCAAGCCACACAAACGCCAGUAUCUGACCUCACAGGCCUCAACUCUGAGACCAUGAUCACUUCCUCAAGUUUCUCUCAGACUUCCAAUACAACAUCUAGGUUUUCACAAACCCCUAACACAUCUUCUGGUCUCUUGCAGACCUCCAACACAUCUGGUUUUUCUCCGACCUCCAACCCUAUUUCCUCUCAGACCUCCAAAAUAUUGUCAAAUUUCUCUCAAACUUCCGAUGCUUUGUCUAGUCUCAGCUCUCAGAAUCCCAUCACUACAAUGUCACUGCUGAACCUCUCGUCUGACACCCUGACGACUUGUGCCCUGGCGCACCCGUCUCAGCCGCUCACCACUCAGCCAUCCAAGGCCAAGCACCACCACUCACUUCUUCCCAAAAACAGCCAGCCUACUCUGCCACUCCCUCAGAAUCCCAUUCCAGCAGGGAACCCCAUCACGACCCAAAUCAUUUCUUCAACGCCUCCUUGCAUCAGCACACCUGCUCCCACAGAACCCUCACCGGUGGUCCAGAGCCACGCACAGAGGAGAGAUGAGCCUGAGAUGAACAAAAGGGAAUUUAAGGAUGAUUAUGAGGAGGAAGAUGAAGAAGAGAGUAGAAGAAAGGCGUUUGUGAAAGAAUUUGAGUUGACGGUACUGCUGACCAAGUCCAGGAGUGGAAGCUUUGGGUUUACCAUCACCCGAAGCAAACUGGACAACUGCUACUACAUACAGGAAAUACUGGAAAACCCAGCAAAGUCAGACGGACGCCUCCGAGCAGGAGACCGACUUAUUACGGUAAAUGGGCAUGAUGUUACCAAAGUGGCGGAUGAAAUCGCCAUGACAAUUCUCAGGUCCUCUCCCAGGAGACUCAGUAUGACACUGGGGAGGGCUGUUAGCAACCUGGUGGCGCCCCCUUCUUGUGACAGCCUGCCUGAUAUCGUCCUUUACAAGACACCUUCAGGACAGCUAGGCAUUAAAUUGACUGGCGGCAUUGGCAGCAAAUGGCAGGGCAUUUACUGCCUGGAGGUAGUGCCAGGCUCCCCGGCCAGCGAGGAGGGCAGCGUUCAACCCAACGACAAGAUCCUCUACAUCUGCGGCAGAUGCACUUUGGGGAUGACCCUAGAAGACGCCGUCAAAGCUUGUGAGAUCGCCCCGCGUAAAGUCAAACUCAAAAUCCUGAGAGAUGACCAGCCGGUGCCUCCCAAGGCCAAAUGGAACGGUCUGUUUGACUGGAAAAAGGAUAAGAAGAUUUUUGCUCGCUUUGAAGAGCCUGUCUCUCCAGAGAGAGAAUCACCACCUGAAAAUAUUGAAUCCGUUAAUAGAACAGCUGGUAACUUCCGAUGUCUGUCUGUGGCUGAACAGCAAGAUAGUUGCAUCAUGCAAGUGGAUUUCUCCAAACCAGAAGGUGGAGGUCUUGGGUUCGCUUUGAUCGGAGGGACCAAUGGCAGCAUGCUGAGGGUGAAAGAAAUCUGCUCUGGUGGUGUAGCUGAGCAAGAUGGUCGUCUCAGAGUGGGAGAUAUUCUUUUAGAGGUGAACGGUGUCAUUGUGUCUGGACUGAGCCACAGUAAAGUGGUGGAUCUUCUGCGUAAAGCCGAGGGCACGGUGCAGCUCACCAUUUGCAGAGACAUCCUGCCGCUGACCUAUUCCGAGUCACCCACACCACCCAAUAUGGCCACAGAGACCGACACGAUCAUGGCGGAGCAGCCGGUUACCACCUCAGAUGCUUCAACCUCACCAGACGCUAUGCUGAAUAAGCCAGUGAAGCGCCCGCCUGAACCGACUGCUGAGUGUGUGUUUAAUGAAUCAGGAGUGUUAGUCACCACGCCCCCUCCUCCUCCACGACAACUGACCGUGGUGACAGAUGAAACGUCACCCAACGAGGAGAGCUGUGACAACACUCCUUCUCACCAAGCUUGCUGCCCGUCACUGAACGUCACUGAAAUGUUGCACGGAGCUUCUGACAGGAGACAAAUUGUGACCAAACUGUUGGACCGGUCCUGCAAAGGCACCCGUAAACCCCAAUCGGACGGCUGGAGCAGCGAAGACGACGCAGACGACGUGUUUGACGCCGCUGGUCACCAAAUGACCUCGACCCAGACAGGCCCUGCUAUAGUAACAGAGGAGGAACUGGCCAGAUUAGCCCUCAUUAGCCCCAUGAGAAGCAACCAGUAUUCAGGAUCCAGGGUCAAAGCCCUCAUUCAGAUCCUGCAGCAUCAACUAGACCAGCAGGAACUGAUCAAAGAAUUCAUGGCUCUGGAGCACCUGAAGCCUUCUGACGACUGUCUGAUGGGAAAAGCCCCUGAGAACCGAGACAAGAACCGCUACAGAGACAUCUUACCCUACGACAAAACCCGCGUCCGCCUGGGCGAGAACGGCGAUUACAUCAACGCCAGCUAUAUCCGCGUGCGAGUCGGAAGCGAAGAAGUCUCCUACAUCUCCUGCCAGGGCUCGCUACCCUCCACGGUGUCGGCAUUCUGGCAGAUGAUCUGGGAAAACAAAUCGGACGUGAUAGCCAUGAUGACGCAGGAAGUAGAAAGGGCGAGGGUCAAAUGUCACAAGUACUGGCCGGGGAAGAUGAGCGAACCCCUUGACACGGGCAAGUAUCAGGUCCACCUGGAGAACCAGCAGUACUUGGACUACUUCCACAUCAAGCUCAUCCGUAUCGUGGAAAAAGAGACGGCUGAGAGCCACACAGUCCAUCACCUGAAGUUCACACACUGGCCCGAUCACGGUGUUCCGCACUACUCCGAGCACCUGGUUCGCUUCAUCCGCUACCUGCGCUCCGUACACCGCCAGGGCCCCGUCACGGUCCACUGCAGCGCCGGCAUCGGACGCUCGGGAGUUCUCAUCUGCACUGACAUUAUUCUGCGACUCAUUGAGAAGGACUUGCCGAUCAACGUCAGCGACAUCGUAAAGGAGAUGAGACUUCAGCGGCACGGGAUGAUUCAGACCAAGGAACAGUACCUCUUCUGCUACAAAGUCUGGUUGGAGGUUUUACAGGGCAUUUUACAGCUCCACGGCACCCAGUGGCCGCCGGAAAGUCCCCAAGACCACAAAAUUGUUUGAAUGUUUGCGUUCGAGCGCACACCUUCCUACAGCGCUUGACUGUUUUCAUACAGUGUGUGUGUGUGUGUGUGUGUGUGUGUGUGUGUGUGUGUAGGCACUUACAUACAGUACAUGUCCUCCUUGCGUCUGUCUUUAGACCUUUUCUCGCAUUUUUCAGGCUUAGUGAUCUGCCUUAUGUCCUUUAUUUGAUUGGAUGAUGUCUCUCAAUGGCGUUAAAUUUGCAAAUUGCCAUCAUUAGUUUAGAAAAUGUAGGACUGAUCUCCAGGUCACCCGUGCAUAAGAUCAUCUUACCAAAGUUUAUUAUCUGAUAAGUCGACGGAUGCGAGUUGUUUUUAUUUCAUCAAGUGCAUUUGUACCCUGGACGGAAAAACUAGGGCUUUCGGCAAAAAGAACAUUACUGAUUGUGCGAAUCAUCUAAAAAGGAAUGAAAAGAAUCAAGUGCCUUGGAAUGACUCGUGCGCCGCUUCGACCCUGAGCUGCUAGUCGCAAGUGGACGGACCGCGGAUUUGACUGAAUGUGCGGAUUUUUGGUCUUUUUUGCCGUUGAGUAUUUGCUUAAUCCAAAAGCACAGACAAGUUCGUGGUCACAGUGUAAAGAUUUUUGUUUUCGGGAGCCCGUUUUGUAUGAAAAAAACAAAAACAAACCUUUAAACACCCUGCAGAUAAGUUAACAUAACACAUUUAUACAUUUUCAGUUCCCGCUGGUUGAAUUUGUGAUUACAGCCUUUAUCUGUUUUCACUGGCUAUUUUAAUACAUGCAAUACUAACGAAUGAGGUUUACAUAAUGUACAGGAAGAAAAUAACGACGGAUUUAUACCUCUACUUUUUAGCUGCUAUCGCACGCUCAUCGGCCCCUUUUACACAGCCUGCCUUUAGUUUUUGUUUUCCUGUGUGGUUCUUCUUUUCGGAGGUAAUAGCAGAGCCGGCAUUCAGCACUUGUACUUCCAGUUUGUGGUGAAAGCAAUUGACUAAAUGUUUUAUAAGCUUAGCUAUGUUCCUCAUUCUGUAUUAAGAUCAGAGGUGGGUAGAAACGUGCUACAUUUACUCCGUUACAUCUACUUGAGUAACUUUUGGGAUAAACCGUACUUCUAAGAGUAGAUUUAAAGCAACAUACAGUGGG